CGCUUCCGCGGCGACUUCCGCUGUCGGCGGCGGGGCGGCAGGUCGAGGGGCCUAAUUCCUGCGCCUAUGGCAUCCGGGAGCGUCGGGCUGGCUGAGCUGGGUUUUGUGGAGGCGGCGCCGGCGUGGCGGCUGCGCAGCGAGCAGUUCCCCAGUAAGGUGGGCGGCCGGCCGGCGUGGCUCGGUGCAGCCGGGCUGCCGGGGCCCGCGGGGCUGGCCUGCGCGCUGUGCGGCCGCCCACUGGCCUUCCUGCUGCAGCUGUACGCACCGCUUCCGGGCCGCGCCGACGCCUUCCACCGCGGUCUCUUCCUUUUCUGCUGCCGAACGCCACCGUGCUGCGCCGGCCUACGCGUUUUUAGAAAUCAGUUGCCUAGGAGAAAUGACUUCUAUGCCUAUGAGCCACCUUCCGAGGAUCCCCCGCUGGAGACAGGAGAAUCCGUGUGCCUCCAGCUCGAGUCCGGUGCUCAUCUCUGCAGAGUUUGUGGCUGUUUAGGCCCCAAAACAUGCUCCCGAUGUCACAAGGCACAUUACUGCAGCAAGGAGCAUCAGACUCUGGACUGGAGAUUGGGACAUAAGCAGGCUUGUACACAAGGUGAUUUGGACAGUACAGUUCCAGACCACAGCUUCCUUUUUCCAGAAUUUGAAAUUGUAAUAGAAACAGAAGAUGAGAUUAUGCCUGAAGUUGUGGGAAAAGAUGAUGAAUCAGAGAUUAUAGGUAGCAUGGGUGAAACACCUGAGGAAGAACUGGAUUCCAUGGCAAAACAUGAAUCUAGGGAAGAUAGAAUUUUCCAGAAGUUUAAAACCAAAAUAUCCUCUGAACCAGAACAGAUUCUCAGAUACGGCAGAGGGAUUGCCCCCAUCUGGAUCUCUGGUGAAAAUAUCCCUCAAGAAAAGGAUAUUCCAGAUUGCCCCUGUGGUGCCAAGAGAAUAUUUGAAUUCCAGGUCAUGCCUCAUCUGCUCAACUACCUGAAGGCCGACAGACUGGGCAGGAGUGUCGACUGGGGCGUCCUGGCCGUCUUCACCUGUGCUGAAAGCUGUGGCCUGGGCACUGGCUACACAGAGGAAUUUGUUUGGAAGCAAGAUAUAACAGAUACUGCCUAAAGACAACUGUGUGAAGCCUCAAAAUAUUCAUCAUCUCUUAGACCUUCCAAUUCCAUUUCUAGGACUUUAUCCUAAGGAAAUAAUUAUACCAGAGAUACACAAAGAUGUUGUUUUAGGUGUUGUGUAUCUGUCCAGCAGGAGGCUACACAGUCUUAAUGAUACAGACUUAUAUGCACAUCAAGUAAGAUAAAGAUGCCAAGGUACCAUUGUAGAUGGUAUUCAUAGUAUGCUAUUUUUGUAAAAAUAUUUAUACACAUAUAUACACCAAAAAUAUCUGGAAUGAAAUGCACUAGGUGUGAACUGGUUAACUGAACAGUGGGACUAAGUGACAUGAUCUUUUUACUUAUAUGUAUAUUUCUUUCUAUAAUAAAAAUGGGUUAUGUGCCUAAUUAAGUCAAA